AUGGGGUCUCCAUGGUCCUUCGAGGACCUGGAUGACUUGUUCGGUGACUAUCCCUUUGACGACGAUGGCCAGUCACCGCUGGCAGACGAACUUGUUUCGUCUGGCCAUGCCAGUCCCUCCGGUGACGUCACCACAGCAACGAGCCUUCCGGCCUUGCUGCUCCCUGCCCCGCCUGCGCAGGUUAAUACAUACCAGGCACCCACCAUGGGGUCUCAGCUUUACUUGCCGAGCCCACCGGCUUCCCAGCCAGCCCCCGCGGUCCCUGUUCUGGGACAAAUGUCCUUGCCGAGCAGGGCUGAGGUGACUUCGGUCCCUCAGUCCGGCUCGGUAUCUGCUUCGCUUGGGGACUCGGCUUCUCCUGAGUCGGCUGCCUCUCCUGGCGCCGAUGAGGACGGACAGGCCAACGGGCCCCAGAAGCGGAAGAACAAACCGCGCCGGAACUGGAGCCGGGAGGAGACGACCCGCCUCGUAAAAGGGGUCGAAAAAUACGGAAUCGGGGCCUGGGCGAGGAUUCAGGCCGAUGAGGAAUUCGGUCUGGCCCACCGAAAACCUUGGGACCUGAAGGACAGGUUCCGACUGUUGUGGCCCAACGAGUACGGGACUCGUGACGGUCCAAUUUUUUACAAAUUGGACGUCGAUGCGGCGCUUCACCACAAGAAGCUAAACCGCAAGAAGAACAAGAAGAGGGGGGGGGAGGAACGACCAGUGGUGCCCAGGAGGGCCCCUGGUUCUGCAGCCGUUGCUGCUACAACGGCAACUGGUCGCCGCAAGGUGACCAUCAGGAAGGGCACCGAAUGGAGUGCCGAAGAGGAAGCUGACCUCUUAACAGCUUACCAGACACACGGGAAGGUGUGGAGGAGUGCGGCGGCGAAUCGUGGACUGGCCUUUUAUGGCCGGUCCAUCAGCGACAUACAGCGCCGAUUUUCCGAGCUCUACCCUGAGCUUGCGGGAGGGCGUCCCUUGGAUCCCUCGAGGUCGUUGUGGGGGCCCUCCGAUCAGGCUACGGCCUUUGAGAGGGGGCUCCUCAACAGCUUCGGGACCCAAGGGGUGUCUCGCCUGCAGGCCCAGCGUAUCUCGGGGUUGGUGGCUGGACCGUCGCAUACUGUCGCGCCCAAUGAUGGGACUCCUGGCAUCGGUGGCAUUGUGCACCCACCGGCCCGGGAGGUAGGUGUUCGGCCGAGCACCUACACCCCUGAGGGCAUUGUCGGCCAGGACUUGGGAUUCCCGUCCCCGAUUGCGGCCCUCUCACCCGUGCCCGCAGAGUAUGCGGCCGGGUAUAGAAUCCCGACGCCUCCGAUCUUGGCCCCAGAGCAUCAGCUCUUCACCCCUCCGCCGCCAGUCUCCGCAUACGGUCAUUACGACCAACCGGGGCAGGUCGCGGAAGCUCCUCCAGUGGCCUAG